AUGGAGUUAUUAUUGCUAAUAUACCUUCUUCUAACUUGCACAUCAUCUCUAAAGUCGAUGACAUUAAAUUUGUCUGAGGAAUCCACUUGUUUAGCAAGAUCAAAAGAAGCAGGAGAUAAGAGAACUAUGACCUAUGAGGCACCCGCGGGAUGUAUGAUAAGGAAGGUGAUUUACAACAACAUUGAGAUUUACAGCGUUGAUGAGAAAGAUAAUGCAAACAGGAGAAUUGUAACUCGUGAGUACUCUUCAUGUGGCAUAUUCUUACAAGUUGAUAGUAUAUAUGAUGAAAAUUCACAAGUAUCAUUUUAUCACAUCACAGAUUCCUUUAUUACAAAAUACCCGGUUAAAUAUUCUUCAAAACCCGUGGACAUACCCUCUUUUGAUUCCUGGGUGGACCAUUUCGAACGUCUGUCGGAAAAAGAUUCAGUUAUAUCGUCUAGUCCAUGUUCGCAAUGUCUCUCAUACGACAAUCACAAAGAGUAUUCUGACAUAGGCAUUGGAAUAUCAAGUGCAAUACACCAUUUUGAAGGGAAAAGGGUUUUAUAUACGCAUGAAGAUGCUGAUGUAAACGAGAUUAUGGGCCAUAAGGAUAGAUAUACUCAUGAAGAGUUUUAUAAAGAUGUUUCUAAUGCUUUGAAAAAGGCGAGAUUGUGCACUAAAGAGGCAGGACUAUCCUAUACGGAAACAGAGCCAAGUAAAGAUAUCGACUCGUUAAACCUGGGUGAUGAUUGUACUACUAAUUGCGAUAAUAAUCGCGGGGAAAACUCCUUCUGGAUAGAUGAUUUGCCAGGAGAUAAUAUAGAAUAUGAAAAUGCACGCUCAAUUAUGGACCACGUUAUUGCGCUUAACGAGAUGAGCAAAAUAGAAUAUGAUAUUUCAGAAUAUAUUGCAGAUCAAAACUACUUGAAAAAUAUCCCGUUUACCUUAGAUCGUACCUGUAGCUACGAUGAAGAUUGUGCAUUAGGAUCUUUUAGAAUGGGUGAAAUUGUUGAACCGGACGAUGGAUAUUUUGAAAACUCUAGCGUGCAUUCAGACCCUGAAACAUAUGUGGGAGGUAUUGGAAGAAUACCAUACGCUCAAGCACAAGAUAUGCAGUUUACUUCGUCAAUAGAUAUGUCAAAUGUAGUGAAUAUGCCAAAAUUUACAGAAAUUUCAGAGGAACCUAAAAAUGCAGACACUGAGGAGAUGAAUACAGCUGAAGGUAACUCUACAGUCUUUACAGAUCCAUCCUUUCCAAUUACCGCCGUUCGCUCGGAGCAAGAUUCUUUGUACAACAAUUGUGACUCAACAUGCAGAGAUUUUGACUCUGAUACAGGCUCAAUUGAAGCCAGCGAUUCUGCGAACACCUUAGAUGAGCACACGUAUUGGAACAUGGAAUAUCAUAGGAGUUGUAAAAGUGAUACAAGUUACGAUAAAAGUGUAAAUUGUCAUAAGGUUGGAGAUCAUACAAGGGAACCAAAGGGAUCUGCACUUAGGGGAUUUUACAGAUCUUAUAGUAUGUCAGAUAUUAGACGGUGA